AAAAAGCGCUUUUCCCGCCCGCUAGCCCCAAUUUUUCAUAUCCCCAUGGUUGUUUGUUUUGUGCUUGACAACUUAUACACUUACAUGUGUUUUGAUGCCAAAGACGAUUUUAACAGUCUAAUUUGAGUGACAGACAUGGUUCGCUACAAAAACAGAUACAUCGCUGUCGAAGUUAAUCCCUUGGGUCUUUCAGGUACCAAGUCGUUUUCUCUCAAUGGUCGAGAUUUGUACAAAGCAGUUCUCGAUGCAGUACAAAAAUUGCAUGGUGAUUUUGGAGUUGCUGCAAUAAGUUCAGGAUAUUCUGCCAAAUAUUGCAAUGAAGUAACUCGGAUAGCACUGCUACGAGCCAGACAUGGCCCUCACCGAAUCUUAGCCUCAGCAUUGCCCACUGUAACUCACGUGGGGCAAAAGAGUGCUACAUUGCGAACAAUUUACAGCGGUGCCACUAUCAGGCACUGCUUAUUGUUUCUUCAGCAAUAUCAACGAGCUGCUCUUGUCAAGAUGUGGUCCAAACAACGCAAUGAUGAGGAACGGCAUGCCUUAGAGGCUGCUGUAAUGGAUCUCAGUGCUGUUGAGAAUUUUCAGCUCAAACGAGAACAUCAUGAACACAAAGCUACUAGCUGAGUCACAACUAUAUUGAAUUGUAAAUAUUAUUUUCUGUAUCCAAAUCUAUUAUUUAAAUACAUUUCUAGGGCCAAUUUCA